AUGGAAUUGAUUAGUAUUGAUUCUGAUGCUGAUUUUGAUUAUAUACGUGAAUUUAUCAAUAGCCUCACUACAGCUAAAAAGGUACACGUCUGGACUUCUGGCAAUGAUGUGGGAACUGAAGGAGUAUUUAAGUGGAUGAGCAAUGGUCGAAGAGUAUUUUCCAACCGUUGUCACAAAGGGCAACCUGAUAAUGCGAGUUCUAACGAAGAUUGCAUCCAUUUUUGGCAUCUCUCCAAUGUGUAUUUACUGAAUGAUUUGAAUUGCAACAGCAAGAGCAGAGCUACUAAUUGCAACACACAAAUUUAA